GCAAGACAUCUGUAUAUUUGCGACUUCCACAAAAACUUAAUUCAGAGUGUGAGAAAUAGAAGAAAGAGGAAAGGCAGCGAUGAUGAUGGUGACUCACCAGUGCAAGACAUCGACACUCCAGAGGUUGAUUUAUAUCAGUUACAAGUAAACACACUUCGAAGGUACAAAAGACACUUCAAGCUACAGACCAGACCGGGACUUAACAAAGCACAGCUCGUUGAAAUAAUUGGCUGCCACUUUAGGACGAUUCCAGUGAAUGAAAAGGACACCUUAACAUACUUCAUCUACUCAGUGAAGAAUGACAAGAACAAACCAGAUCUAAAGAUGGACAGUGGGGUUCAUUAGACAGAAAAGGUUGGGACUGGGACUCAGGCCUCAAAUCAAAAAACUGAGGGUUUUUGUUGAUAUGCAAAAGCUUUCUUUGUAAUUUUUUUCCCCAGAGAGUUUGUCUCUGUUUUAUUUUUCGGAACCUUGCUGAUUUGUUUGAAGACCACCUCUUAGGAAACAAAUUUCCUCAGCAAAAGUAUUUUAAAUAAAUAUCACUGAUAUUGUUGCUCAA